GCCUGCCUGGCGGGGCUCUUGUCAGUUAGUAACAAAAUGGCUGCGGUGGCAGCAGCUCUGCUCCUGAAGCGGAGGACAGAGGCGGCGGCGGUGGUGGUGCAGGCGGCUGCUGCUACUGCUGCGAGGAGGAGCGGGGGGCCGGCCCGGCAGCAUCACUGAGCUCGGCGGCAUCGCCUGUCCCGCCAGCGGCCCAACCCCCUUCCCCUCCGAGCGAAAGCUCCGUCCGAGGAGCCGCUCCUGCUGCCUCCACAAAUCCCCCGUAUCUCCCCCCCCCCCGAGAACCUCUCUCUCUCUUGAGUCCCUGUGGAGGGGAAGGAGAGCGAGCGAGCGAGCCUGCUGGAUCCUGCUACUGAUUGGGUGGAUCCCACUGGGAGAGAGCCUGACGGACCUCCUUAUGAGAAACUCAACGGCUGGAUCGCCCUGGGAUCCGUGGAUCCUGACCCUGUGAGAAAGAAAGAGACUGGAUUUCGCCUUCUUUUCUGGAUCCACCUAUGUUUGGCAUAGCUGGGUGGAUCCCCAUGAGAGAGACUGGUGGACCCCCUCGUCAGCAAGAAGCUUAUCUCCUGGAUCCUUUUAGGAUCCCUGUCUAUCAGAGAGACUGCUGGACCUCCCUUCCUUGGAUCCACAUAUGAAAGGCACAGCUGGUGGAUUUCGCUGGCAUCUGUGGAUCCUUGCCUUCUGAGACACUGCCUGGAUUGCUCUCCCCCUUGGAUCUGCCUGAGAGAGACUGCUAGAUCCUUUUCCUGCUUGUGUUCCACGUCUCUCCUCCCUUUUUAGAGAGACCGUACUGGGUACUUCUUGUUUGGAUGUGAGACUCUUCUGGAUCCCCCGUGGCUCCUUUUUGUUUUUCCUAAGCUAUUCCCUUAUACACUUCUGGAUGGGUACAAUUUUCUCCAUUUUAAUUUGCACUUUUGAAAAAAAUAUAUUCAGAUGCUCAUCCAUAUAAACUGAGAAUCUCCCAAACACAUAUUUUUUAAAAGCUGUGUUCUGAUCAAUUAGAAAGCCUAACAUUUUCCACUCUCUCACAUCCCAACAGUUCAUUUUUGCUGCAACCACGUACAUUUAAUUUUAGAACAAAAUUCCGUGUGCAAAACUCUAGCUGGGGACUCAUAAACUGCUAGUUCUGCUUCACUGGAAAUAAAAAAGAUAUUUUAAAAAAGGACCUGCAUCUGCUGCACUUCUCUGGGCUGGAAUCAAACUGGAGCUUUUAGCUCUUCUACUUGGAUACUGUUGAUUUCUUGUCUGGUUUCCCCAACCCCCUCCCUCCUCCUUUGUGGCAGGUUAUUUUUGGUGGGUUUUUUUUUAUUGGAACGGGCAUAAAUAUUAAAAAAAAAAAUCCAACAACUGACUUUCUUGGCCGUGUGAGAUUUUUUUCGUAUUCAACGUGAAAAAAUACGGGUACUUUUUGUAAGAAAAAGCAUUAAAGAAAGAAAGGAGCACGCUAGUGAAACUCCCAGACGCCAGACAAAAUAUUCACUUGUUCUUUUUCAAGGAGACUGAGUCGAAAGCUGCCAAAGAGCCCCAGAAGGAAACGAAGCAAAGAAUUAUAGCAUGGGCACAACCUCACCAUUGGCAUCCUUUUGAAGAGACUCCAGUGUUCAUCAAUGACCUAAUUAAUUGUGGAGAAAGAACAAACACAAGAAGAGGAACAUUUGAUGGAAGAAAAGAAAAAGAAAAAGCAGGAAGAAAAGAAAAAGAAGGAAGGUGCUCAGAAAAAGGCUGCUGAACAAAAAACCAAAGUGCCAGAACCUAUUAAGACCAGUUUAAGCCAGCCCCAACCUGCCGGUACCAGUACCAGUACUUCCACCAGCACUAUUACUAACAAUAGCAAUGGCAAGCGUGCAUCUGCCAAUGGGCAGCAGCCAGCUGCAUCCCGAUACCUGCCUCGUGAGGUGCCUCCACGCUUCCGCCAACAAGAACAGAAGCAGCUCUUAAAAAGAGGCCAGCCUCUGCCUACUGGAACUCUGAUCAGCACGAGCCCAGCGCAAGGUACUGGACAAGCAGGAGCAAGUCCUCCUCCACAGCCAGGAGUAGGUGGACAUCACCACCCCAGUAAAACUCAGACCCUAACAGCUCUACAGGAUGAGGCUCACUCUGUACACAGCCGACAUAUUGAAGCCGAGAGCCCAGGCGAACCUAGAUGCAGGAGGGGAGACAGCUCUGCACACAAUGUAGCGUCUCCUAGGAUGGUUGGGCAGCACCUUUUCUCAGACCUUGGUCACAGCGGAUUGGGAGACCAUUAUGAGAAUACUCACUGGGGACAGCAGCCCACUUUCCGAAGUGAAGCCAAUUGCAGCUGGGAUAAAGUGAUAAUAGACAGGACUGACAAGGAAGCGUGGCCUUCCAUUACAGGAACUGAGACUGAAUCUGCCUCAGAAUGUACUACAGACACUGACUCUGCCUCCAACUGUGGCUCAGAGAACAGUAGCAUGGCUACAGGGAGUGCCCAAGGCAACUUCACUGGACAUACAAAGAAACCCAAUGGCAAUAAUGGCACCAAUGGAGCACUCAUCCAAAGCACUUCUAACCAGAGUGCCCUUGGAGCUGGUGGAGCAAAUGGUAAUGGAAAUUCAGCCAGAGUGUGGGGUGUUGCCACAGGUUCCAACUCUGGCUUAGCUCAUUGCUCUGCCAGUGGUGGGGAUGGAAAGAUGGACAACAUGAUUGGAGAUGGUAGAAGUCAAAAUUGCUGGGGUGCUUCCAACUCAAAUGCUGGCAUUAAUCUUAACCUUAAUCCAAAUGCCAAUCCAGCUGCCUGGCCUGUACUCGGACAUGAAGGAACUGUGGGAGCAGGCAACCCUUCCAGUAUUUGCAGUCCAGUCAGUGCCAUAGGUCAGAACAUGGGCAACCAGAAUGGGAACCCAACGGGCACCUUAGGUGCUUGGGGAAACUUGCUGCCGCAAGAGAGCACAGAACCACAAACGUCCACUUCUCAGAAUGUGUCUUUCAGCGUACAACCUCAGAACCUUAACACUGAUGGACCAAAUAACGCUAACCCCAUGAACUCUUCACCAAACCCUAUCAAUGCAAUGCAGACAAAUGGACUGCCGAACUGGGGCAUGGCUGUUGGCAUGGGGGCCAUCAUUCCGCCCCACCUGCAAAGCCUUCCUGGUGCUAAUGGGACAUCAGUUUCUCAAGUCAGUGGGGGAAGUGGUGAAGGAAUGGGCAAUUCAGUGUGGGGGAUAUCCCCAGGUAAUCCUGCCACAGGAAACAGCAAUUCUGGGUUCAGUCAGGGGAAUGGAGACACUGUGAACUCAGCAUUAAGUGCUAAACAAAAUGGAUCCAGCAGUGCUGUACAAAAGGAAGGGAAUGGAACAAGUGCAUGGGAUUCGGGGCCUCCUGCUGGUCCUGGGAUCUUAGCAUGGGGCAGGGGCAGUGGCAACAGUGGCGUUGGUAAUAUGCAUUCUGGUGCUUGGGGCCACCCAAGCCGCAGCACCAGUAAUGGCGUUAAUGGUGAAUGGAGCAAGCCCCCAAACCAGCAUUCCAGUAAUGACAUCAAUGGGAAAGGAUCAACAGGGUGGGAUAGCUCUAGUGUUACCAGCCAGAAUCCUGCCAUGCAGCAGGGCAAUGAACAAAUAAACUCUUGGGCCAAAGCUGCAGCAUCUGGCAACACAGGUAGUGAAGGCAGUAAUGAUAGCAAUGGGAGUCAGAAUGAAGGCAGUACUGGGAGGGAAGGAACUGGAGAGGCUCGAAGAAGAGACAAGGGAAUGCUAGACCAAGGACAAGUCCAGUUGCCAAGGAAUGACCUUGACCCAAGGGUUCUGUCCAACACUGGAUGGGGACAGACUCCUGUAAAACAAAACACUGCCUGGGAAUUUGAAGAAUCCCCAAGGUCUGAACGAAAGAAUGACAAUGGAACUGAGGCCUGGGGUUGUGCAGCUACUCAGCCUUCAAACUCGGGGGGCAAGAAUGAUGGGUCCAUCAUGAACAGUACAAAUACCUCUUCAGUAUCUGGGUGGGUCAGCUCUCCACCUGCAACAGUUCCAACUAAUACAGGUUGGGGCGACAACAAUAACAAAGCGCCAAAUGGCCCAGGGGGAUGGGGAGAGCCGGCAAGUUCUACUGCUGUCAAUAAUGCUGCUGCUGCCAAAAGUGGCCACACUUGGAGUGGGACCACAAAUCAGGAGGACAAGUCGCCUACUUGGGGUGAACCUCAGAAACCCAAAUCUCAAAACUGGGGAGAUGGACAGAAAUCGAAUCCAGGCUGGACUUCAGGGGGUGGAGAUUGGGUUGAUUCCUCAUCUGUCCCUGGACACUUGGGAGAUGGGAAAAAGAAUGGUUCUGGAUGGGAUGCUGACAAUAGAGCAGGGUCUGGCUGGAAUGAUACUACGCGUUCUGGGACCACUGGAUGGGGAAAUGGCACAAACAGCAAGGCUAAUACAGGUACGAGCUGGGGGGAAUCUUUAAAACCUGGUCCUCAACAGAAUUGGGCUUCUAAAUCCCAGGACAACAACGUGAGUAAUUGGGGAGGAGCUGCUUCUGUUAAACAGACUGGAUCAGGAUGGGUUGGUGGACCAGUGCCAGCCAAACAGAAAGAUAGUAAUGAAGCAACGGGGUGGGAAGAGCCCUCCCCACCAUCCAUUCGGCGCAAGAUGGAGAUUGAUGAUGGUACCUCAGCUUGGGGUGACCCAAAUUACAAUAACAACAAGACUGUAAACAUGUGGGAUAGAAACAAUCCUGUAAUCCAGAGCAGUACCACAACCGCCACCACUAGCACCACCAUUAUCAACGCAAACAUGGCUGAACCUCAGCCACCGCACCAGUCAAGUGCCCAGUCAAACCGGUCCCCGCUGCUUGGUCCAGCAGGCUGGGGAGAGAUGCCUGCUAUCCAUGCAAAGCCUGAAGCUUCAUGGGGAGAGCCUUCCUCCCCUUCUGCUGCAGUUGAUAAUGGCACUUCAGCAUGGGGAAAGCCUCCCAGCAGCGGUACAGGGUGGGGAGAUAACUCUGCUGAGUCAGCAGGGUCAUAUGGAAGAGCAAGUGCACCAGCUGCUGCCCCAGUACUGUGCAAACCAGCUUCUAAAUCUUCUAUGCAAGAAGGCUGGGGCGGUGGUGGAGAUGAAGUAAAUCUCAGUACAAGUCAGUGGGAAGAUGAAGAAGGAGAUAUGUGGAAUAAUACUGCUUCACAAGAGAGUAAUUCCUCUUGUAGCUCCUGGGGAAAUGCUCCAAAGAAAGGACUUCAAAAGGGCAUGAAGACAUCUAGUAAGCAAGAUGAGGCCUGGAUCAUGAACCGUCUGAUAAAACAGCUCACAGACAUGGGCUUCCCAAGAGAGCCAGCAGAAGAGGCCUUGAAGAGUAACAGUAUGAAUCUAGAUCAGGCCAUGAGUGCUCUGCUGGAAAAGAAGGUGGAAAUGGACAAGCGUGGAAUGGGUGUGGCUGACUACAAUGGAAUGGUCACCAAACCCCUUGGCUGCCGCCCACCACCGAUCUCCAAAGAGUCUUCCAUGGACCGCCCCACCUUCCUUGACAAGCUCACCCUUUCUUUUUUCAAUCAGGAUGGCGGCCUAGUGGAAGAGCCCACUACUUCACCAUUUUUGCCUUCACCAAGCCUGAAGCUCCCCCUUUCAAACAGUGCACUCCCUAAUCAGACCCUGGGUGGGAUUGCCUCAGGGCUGGGCAUGCAAAACUUGAAUUCUUCUAGACAGAUACCGAGUGGCAAUCUGGGUAUGUUUGGCAAUAGCGGAGCAGCACAAGCCAGGACCAUGCAACAGCCGCAGCAACCGCCAGUGCAACCUCUUAACUCAUCCCAGCCUAGUCUUCGUGCUCAAGUGCCUCAGUUUCUCUCCCCUCAGGUUCAAGCACAGCUUUUGCAGUUUGCAGCAAAAAACAUUGGUCUCAAUCCUGCACUAUUAACCUCGCCAAUUAAUCCUCAGCAUAUGACGAUGUUGAACCAGCUCUAUCAGCUGCAGCUGGCGUACCAACGUUUACAAAUCCAGCAGCAGAUGUUACAGGCUCAGCGUAAUGUUUCCGGACCCAUCAGACAACAGGAGCAGCAAGUUGCACGUACAAUCAAUAACAUGCAGCAGCAGAUCCAGCAGCACCAGCGCCAGCUGGCCCAGGCCCUGCUUAUGAAGCAGCAGCCACCCCCUCCACAUCUAUCUUUGCACCCCCCUGCAGGCAAAUCAGCCAUGGAUAACUUUUCACCCCAUCCCCAGGCUCCUGGCCUAUCUGACCUGCAGACCAAAGAGCAACAGUCUUCACCGAACACCUUUGCUCCUUACCCCCUUGCUGGACUGAACCCAAACAUGAAUGUAAACAGCAUGGACAUUCCUGGUGGUUUGUCAGUGAAGGACACUUCUCAGUCCCAAUCUCGCCUUCCUCAGUGGACACAUCCCAACUCAAUGGAUAAUCUCUCCAGUGCUGCUUCUCCACUUGACCAGAAUCCUAGCAAGCACGGUGCUAUCCCUGGAGGUCUGAGUAUUGGUCCUCCAGGAAAGUCCUCCAUUGAUGACUCUUAUGGCCGGUAUGAUCUGAUUCAAAACAACGAGUCACCAGCUAGUCCUCCUGUAGCCGUUCCUCACAGCUGGUCACGUGCCAAAUCUGAUAGUGAUAAAAUCUCCAAUGGCUCCAGUAUCAACUGGCCACCAGAAUUUCAUCCUGGGGUACCAUGGAAAGGAUUGCAGAACAUUGACCCUGAGAAUGAUCCUGACGUUACACCUGGAAGUGUUCCAACAGGGCCAACUAUUAACACCACCAUACAAGAUGUUAAUCGCUAUCUACUCAAGAGUGGAGGGUCAUCCCCAACAUCAUCUCAGAAUGCCACGCUGCCUUCAUCGAGUGCCUGGCCACUUAGUGCCUCCGGUUACAGUAGCUCUUUCAGCAGCAUUGCAUCCGCACCUAGCAUUGCAGGUAAACUGUCAGACAUCAAAUCAACGUGGUCCUCUGGCUCAAUUUCUCACACACAAGCCUCUCUGUCCCAUGAACUGUGGAAGGUGCCCAGAAACACUACUGCUCCUACAAGACCACCUCCAGGCUUAACAAACACCAAGCCAUCGUCUACUUGGGGUGCCAGCCCACUGGGUUGGACCAGCUCUUACUCCUCUGGCUCAGCGUGGAGUACUGACAGCUCAGGAAGAACAAGUAGCUGGCUGGUCCUCCGUAACCUCACACCCCAGAUUGAUGGCUCUACACUGCGUACUCUAUGCUUGCAGCACGGUCCUCUUAUUACAUUCCAUCUGAACCUGACUCAAGGGAAUGCUGUGGUUCGAUACAGUUCCAAGGAAGAAGCAGCGAAGGCCCAGAAAUCUCUGCAUAUGUGCGUUUUGGGGAACACUACCAUCUUGGCUGAGUUCGCUGGAGAAGAGGAAGUGAACCGUUUCUUAGCACAAGGCCAGCCACUGCCCCCCACCUCCAGUUGGCAGUCCAACACUGGAACCACUCAGACACGUUUGGGCUCCACAAGCAGCUCACACGGCAUGGUGCGCAACGAUGCAGGCCACUGGAAUACCCCCUGCCUAGGUGGCAAAGGGAGCAGUGAUCUGCUCUGGGGCGGGGUCCCUCAGUACUCAAGCAGCCUUUGGGGUCCACCCAGUACCGAUGACGGCAGGGUUAUCGGAAGCCCAACGCCUUUGAAUACUCUGCUCCCAGGUGACCUUCUCAGCGGGGAGUCCAUCUAGGACACCAGAGAAACAAAAUGGAAGUAACAAUCAUCAGCACUAAAGGAAAAUAAUGGUAACCCUUUCCAGUCCAGGGCAUCGCGAAGAAUCCAGCUUUAAUAGAUCAGACUGGCAGCCCUUUUUUUUAGUACCUCUGUCCAAUAUCGACUAUGAAACUCUGCCGAAGUCCUUGUGAACUGUUAGUGCAACAGUAUGGGCUCCCUUUGGUCAGUGUCACGUGCUAAUGAUAGGUUUUAUGUGGGUUUUUUUCCAAUGGCUUUUUAAUUUUGUUUUUAUGUUUGUAUGGUGUUUUUAAAGACGUAUAAAAGCUGCUUAGACUAGUUCUAUCAUGAAGGGCACUUUUCAGAAUUUGGGCUGGAAAGGGUUAUUUUAUCAACUGUGGGAGUCGGGGAGGGAUGAAGGGGGGGAGGGUUGUGAGAAAGCCUAUUUAAAAUGAGCCUGUGAUAAUUAUGCACAUUACCAGAGGCGGAUCCAGUAAUCAGUAGGGGAUGGCAUCCGACCAGCCCGUAAGCAGUCAGCAGCAUGGGGGGGAACAAAUCCUAUGCCCCUCAGCUGUACGACUUGGAUUGAGAGGUGGGGUGGAAUAUCCAUGUCCACUACUCCCACGGGUCUUGCCUAUGCACAUUACACUUGUUUCAUUACUUUUUUGUGUCAUUGUUUCUUUUUUUAAAACUCCCCCCAAAAAAUAGUACAAAAGAAGACGAAGGUUUUUUUUAAAAAACAUAUCAAACAUGCAACUAUACUUGAAUCCAGCAGGCCAAUAACAAAAUGUGAACACUUUCUAUUAUUACACUUCCAGGUCGGCACCAGAAAUCAAAAGAACAGGCUCUAGGAAUAUUUUUGUUAAGUUCUUUCUUAUACGUAUGCAUUGGGGGAAAAGAUGGAUAGAUGUGUGAGCGUAUGGACGUGUGUGCGCGCCAGUUGUACAACUGAACAAAUUGUGUGACUUUUUUCCUUUCUUUCCCCUUCCCCACUUCUCAGUAUAUGCUUUUGAUUUGCUAUUUGGUCAAACGUUUAAUUGUUAUUAGCUUCUAACUUUGCACUGAGUGUCCACAGCCCUUCUUGUAGCUAAUCCUACUUGUUUUUAAAAAAGAAAAUUGAAAAAAAAAACUGAUAGGAGGGGCUGGCGACAAUUCACGUGUAAAUGUUUACUCAAGGACUCUUACUGCAUUUUAAAAAACUUACAGUGUGUAUCUCUGGAGAAUAAUAUGUAUAUCUACCUUUAGCAGCUUUUUAUUGUGGACUAAUGCAAGGAAAUAAAUACCGGAGUAUUGCACCAUUUUUUCCCCCAUUCGGAAUAUAAAGUUUUAAAAAAGGAAAAAAAAAAAACUCUUGUUGAACUGUGGCCAUAAAUACUUGUAAAGAGUGGAUGGUUCCCUGCAAGCCGGAACGGAAACAAGCACUUGGACAUAGGUUUUGACUGCUUUUGGAGGAGCCUACGGUUUCGGCUCCCACCUGUUUACAGACCUUUUUUUUUCCUCCUUCAAACUUUAAAAUAAAAAAAGGAAUUGAAAAAAAAGAAAAAAAAUAGACUUCCAUCAUAAAGAAACCUAUUUUCAGAAUGAAGAUAUGCUACUUCAGAGCUCUGGGAUUGAACAGUGUUUGUUGUUGUUAUUGUUGUUGUUGUUGUUUAUCCUUUUCUUUGGCCAUUGCUGUGUACUCCUUUGUUGUUUUUUCCUCCUCUUCGUCAAGAGUGGCGAAAAAUAUUGUGAUCACUAUCUUGCACAUGGUGGAAGAUGUCUCAGGAAAGCCGGGUUUCCCGAGGAGCAACUCCACACCAUUUCAUGUAUUUUUUAAACCCAACUCCUAGCACUGAAGAUAUUAUUAAAAAACAAAAUGAAAAAAAUAAAAAUAAAAAGACAGUAAGAGAAGAAGAAAAAUACCUAAUCUAAUGUGUAGCAGUUACAUAUUUACCAAAUAAUGGACUCAAAAGAAAUAGAUGUUUGAAGAGUGCUUUAUAUAUUAAAAAUUGCUUUAUGUUUAAAAAUGAUCAAUGUUUUUGAUUGUUUUGAAAGGAAGAAAGACAAUGGAAUAACAUACCCUUUGAGUAUGUUUUUAAAAAUUAUAUGAACAUUGUGCUCCCUGCCUGCUUGGAUCAGGAAACUUGUGCAUUACAUUUUUUGUUUUGUUAAAGAUUAGCUUUUUAAUGGUUUUGUCCAAUUAAAAAGGGUCCUGCAAGAUUGCAAAUCAACAAAAGCUGGUUUUCUAGAGGAUCAUGAACUAUGCACAGAUUGGGUUCCAGACUUGUGUUUUCUCAAGUUUUCGUAGUGUAUUUAGCUGAAUACCCUUUUCUCAGAGUGCUUGCAUCUCAUUGUCAUUACACGCACUCUACAUAUGUAUUGUGUAUAUAUAUCUCUCUCCCUUAAUACACACACAGACACACACACACACAUUAUAUUUAUAUAUAUAUAAUACAUAUGUGCCUAUGUGCGGAUUGAAAUAGUCAAUACAAUUUUCCAUGCUGACGUUUAGUAAUGAGUUGUAGAAAAAGAACUCCUGAUCAUUUAAAAUUGGGGAUGGACGUAAGAAAAAAAGCAAAUACAUCCUGUUGACCUUUUUUUUUUUUUUUGCCUUCUUUCAUUUUGAAUUCAAGAUGUCUGUAACUCUGAGAUGAAAAGAUAAAAAAAAAGUUUGUGGCUUUUAAUGUUAUUUCUCCUCAUAGAAUGUGAUUGUUAAAAACAUGCACCAGAAGUUGCUUUCAAGAGUACGAAGAUUCUUUGAAACUUAAUAAACUGCAGUUUUUCUUGGCUGUUAA